GAACUGCACUUAAAACUACCUACCUGUUGUAACUAACAGGAUUUUCCAAGAGAAUAAGGGGGGGGGGAACUGAGGGUCAAAAAUGGAGAUAAGCUGUGAAGACCUGGGAAAGGGUCCAGGCAUUGCCCACUUUGAAGAGUUUUCAAGAGGGGCAGCACCACAAAAUGUUAACUGGCAAACCCAGGAGUGGCCGCCACAGCAGAGGGUGAGCCAAUCUGAAGAAUUCCUGAAGAACCUCCAGCCCCCAAAGCUGAUUCUGGAGAAUCCAGGAUUGACAGAGCCCAUAUUGUGGGACGAUGAUCCUGAAGGGUUCCUGGUCUCCUUUGAGAAAGUUGCCGAAGCUUGUCGAUGGCCGAGAGAAGAGUGGGCAGCCCGGCUGGUGCCGGCCCUUAGCGGAGAAGCAGCAAGAGCCUUUAGAAAGCUGGCUGCUGGCGACAGAGAGGACUAUGGGAAAGUGAAGGCUGCCAUCUUGCAAGGGGAUGCGAUCAAAAUGGAGGUCCAGCGCCAGCGCUUCAGGCAGUUCCGCUUCCAGGAGGUGGAAGACCCGCAGUGGGCAUAUGGCCGGCUCCAUGAGCUUUGUCAUCAGUGGUUGAAGCCAGAGAAACGCACAAAGGAGCAGAUCCUGGAUCUGGUGGUCCUGGAGCAGUUCCUGGCCAUCCUGCCCCAGGAAACCCAGAAGAGGAUGGAGAAAUGUAGCCCAAAAGCCUGUGCCCAGGCAUUGGCCCUGGCAGAAGACCUCCUGAGGAACCAUCAAGAGGCCAAGAUGUGGAGUCUGGAGGAGCCGUUGCAGAAGAUGACCCAGAGUUUAUUGAGAGCAGAGAAGAUGGCGGCCCACUCCCCUGAGAGAGAGAUCUGCAAGGAAGCCAAGCAGCAGGGGGAUGGUGGUGCCACGCUUCUGUCCAGCAGAACAACAUCGCAAAGUGUCUCUGUUCCCUUGCAUUGCCCUGAUGGAUCAGAGUUGGCAGAAGGUGUCUUGGAUGAGUUUCAGGGUACAGUUGAUUUGAUGAGUGCAACUGUCUUGUUGGAUACAGCAGAGAAGGCUGUGCUCAAUUCCAUUCAGAGCACUCUGUACUGGAAAGUUUUGGAGGAGGAGGAUGAGACCGCUGCUUUCUCAGGAGGACCAGUGGUCUUCCCCAGCCUGGUUGGACAAGAAAAAGUAGUAUUUGUUCCAAACUCUGAGCAUAAAGAUACAUUCCCAGGCAGGAGCAUGAACAGGAAGGAAACUGAAAAUUAUCAGCAAGGAAGCCCCAAGCGACAAGGCCCAUCUGUGAUCCGAUCAGGAGAACCCCAGGACACUGUUCCUUUGAGUCCUGGUGUUUCCCUGAGUCCUGGAGUGAUGUGGCAUCAAAUGAGUGGCCGAGGGACGAAGCAGGGGGAGCCAACUCUGCAUGGUAUGAGCCAGGAGUUUGCAGAAGGAAUCGCAGAUCUACCACAAGAGAAAAAACUCCGGCGCGGGUACAGAACUUGCUCCUCCAACCUCGCUCAGCAAAGGGAGAUUCACACGCAGGAAAGACCUUACCAGUGCUUUGAGUGCAAGAAAACCUUCUGUGGGGUACAUGCCCUUUCUGGCCACCUGAGAAUCCACAAGACCAAGAUGGAUCCCAGAGGCAAGAAGCGACUGCUUGCCAGGGCAUCUCUCACCAAAGGAAAUGAGGGGCUAAGUAAGUUCAGGGUGGAGACUCCUCAGCAGGAAAGGAAUGAGAGAGAGGGUGUAUCUAAUGGAAGGAGAGCAGAAUUUCCUCAAAGUAAGAUGACACUGGCUCAAGAACCAGAAUGGGAACCUGAAGGGCAGCAGGGAAAGAAGAUGGUGAAGACACAAAAUGAGCCCAUCAAGCUCUUAGAAGGCCGCAAGUCCACAAAGGAAACAGUGGCACACAUGUGGGUGCAAAAAUUGUCGUACUCCUCCCAGCCUGGGACUGUGUGCCCCAGCACACCGGGAUUUGUAAUCCAGGAAACUCCUCCUACAGAGAAGGCACCCUAUCAAUGUCCCUCGUGUGGCAAAACCUUCAUGAACAAGGUCCGUCUUGAAGAUCAUCAUAGGGUCCAUAUAGGAGAUGACUUAUGGAUGCCCACUGUGUGGGGGAAAGUUUCGCUGGAGAAUCUGCAUGUUCAAACAUUUGUGGAUCCAUAGUGGGGAGAAAACGUUCACAUGUACUGAGUGUGGUAAAAGCUUUCGUUGGAAAACCGGGUUGAGAACACACCGCACUCGCACAAGGAAUUGUUCAAAACUAAACUUGAUUUAGAUUGAACAUGGUAUCGGGUGUAGGGUCUAUGGGCAUGGCUGUGCCAAAAUGGCCUUGUGAGCCAAAUUAGGGAGGUCUGAUGGGCCUAAAUUUGCCCGUGGCCUGGUGGUUCCCUACUCCUGCUUUCAUUGUUUCAUUGGCCAUCAGAGAUUCCACACAGGAAAGAAAGCCUAUGAAUGCUUUGAGUGAGGAAAAAGCUUAUAGUGGGAAGUUGUAGAUAUUAAACCUCUGACUGUAAAAUUUGAUGGGUGCAGGAGAGAUAGAGAGCAUCGCUUGUUUCCCCAACACCACUCUGUCAUUUCCCCCUACCUGAAUCUGACUUCACUUCUUGCAAUGGUGAGAGUGAUGGGUUGCUUGGGUGUGGAGGCUUGUAAUCUGUAAACCCAGACCUGUACUUCUAUAUGAAGACAUACUGCUUUUCACCCAUUUUCUCUUUCUUCCUGGUUGUUUCUCUGAAGAACGUUUUGUAGAACUUUCCUCUUGCAGAAGGGCUACAUUCUGGGGGUGGUGCAUGUAUACAAAAACACUCAUACGCAAACCACCCUCUUGGAACUGCCCCCGUGAGACCAUCCUUACCUUCCAAGGAAGGGCAGAGAGUUUUUAAGCUCUCCAGCUUGCUUACCAACCCAGUGAGCAAGCUUGGGGAUCCGAUGGGUCUGUCUGAGUUCCUGCAAGAGCCUCCCAGAGCCUGGUAAGCAAGACAAAGCUUAAAAGCUUCUUCACGCCAGGAAAGCCCAGCACAAAACGAGCUUUAAAGCUCUUCUCUUCACAUGCAAUUAAUUUGGGCAAUUUCAACUGGAUGGAUUUCAACUGCACAAGGAUGAAAUCCUCCAAUUUGUGAGCAAGAUGCAUAUGGUACUGUAAUUGACAUUUGAAUCUAUGAAUAGUCAAGCUGGUGUCAUCAAAAUAGCGUGGGACUCCAAGUCUCAUCAGCCACAGCCAACAGACAUGGCCAAUGGACAGGGAUGAUGGAAGUUGUAGUUCAACAAAAAGUGGAAGGCACCACUUUGCUAUCCCUGCUCUAACCAAAAAGGAAAAUAGACCUUGUUACACACCCAGAAGAGUCAAUAGAGAGGCUCUAUAAUAACCUAUUCUGAUACAUGUGCAGAUAGAUAUGCAAAGUUAUGUGUGCUCUGUUAAAAUGUGACAGCUGGCGGCCAAGGAGGAAUUGUUGAAUUACUUUUUGUCUAUUAAAAAUGGCUUUGAAGUUUCAAAAUCAGUGGAGUGACUUCUUUUACUUAACCUCUUAUACUUACAAGCUAAUUCUGAAGCCCCACUGAUCGUAAUGUGACUUA